GACCGGCCGAGCAAAGAUGCACGGGACAGAGCGGGAGGGAACCGGGACAGAGAGGAGCCCCACCAUCAUGGCCGAGCCCCAUCCCGAUCCUUCCCCAGCCCCGCUGAAGUCUCCGGCAUUUGACCUCUUCAACCUGGUCGUGUCCUACAAGAGGCUGGAGAUCUACCUGGAGCCCGUCAGGGAUGCAGGCGACGGCAUCCGCUAUUUACUCAGGUGGCAGGCCCCAUUGUGCUCGUUGCUUACCUGUCUGGGACUCAACUUCCUGUUCCUCACUCUGAAUGAAGGCGCGUGGUUCUCUAUGGGGGCCCUGCUGAUCUCGGUGCCCGCCUUGCUGGGCUACCUACAGGAAACGUGCCGGGCCCGGCUCCCCGAGCCCGAGCUGGCGAGACGCAAGUACCACAGUGUGCGGCGGGAGGACCUGCAGAAAGUCCGGCUGUCACGGCCUGAGGCUGUGGCCGAGGUGAAGAGCUUCUUGAUCCAGCUGGAGGCCUUCAUGAGCCGCCUGUGCUGCAACUGCGAGGCGGCCUACCGGGUGCUCUACUGGGAGAAGCCUGUCGUGUCAUCGCAGUUCUAUGGGGUUCUCUUGGGCUCCGUCUGCGUGCUCUACUUGCUGCCCCUCUGCUGGGUCCUUACCCUUCUCAACAGCACCCUCUUUUUGGGCAACGGCGAGUUCUACCGAGUGGUAGGUGAGUACCAUGCUGCUCUCCAGCGGCGGCUGAAUCCCAAGGUGUCGCGGAUCACCCACGAGACCCCGGAACCCAACGAUGGGGAAAGAGCAGCCCUGCCGGAACGCACUCCCACCCCCACCGAGGAUCUCACCCCGGGCAGUGUGGAAGAGGCAGAGGAGGCGGAGCCAGAUGAAGAGUUUAAAGACGCGAUCGAGGAGACUCACCUGGUGGUGCUGGAGGAUGACGAGGGCUCCCCCUGCACCGUGGAGUACGACCUGGCCCUGAACGACAACGGCUUCAUGAGCAAGAACGAGGUGUUGCGCAGCCGGGUGUCCCGCCUCACCGAGCGGCUCCGCAAGCGCUACCCCACCAACAACUUUGGAAGCUGCACUGGCUGCUCCGCCACCUUUUCGGUGCUCAAGAAGAGGAGGAGCUGUAGUAACUGUGGCAACAGCUUUUGUUCUCGAUGCUGCUCCUUCAAGGUCCCCAAGUCUUCCAUGGGAGCCACAGCCCCCGAUGCCCAGAGAGAGACGGUAUUUGUGUGCGCCUCAUGUAACCAGACUUUGAGCAAGUGAGAAGAGCCCAGGAGGCUUUUGCCCAUUCUGUAUCUCCUCGCUGCUGCCCUCUCCCACCUAGACCCAAACCAAGGCCGGGGGCUAGUUUCCCCUUCUCUCUCCCCUCAACUGUCCCUCCUUGCCUAAUGCGGAGAGCUGCCUGGGCAGAGCCAGGUGGUGGACAGUGUGAGAGGGGCUUUUUGCCCUUCUCCCACCUGUCACCUGCCCUGAGGGGCAGGAAACGGUUCCAAUUCCUGCUUUUCUUUCCCCUCAAGGCUCCUCUCCUCAUUUCCGGCCUGUUGGAACAGGACAGCGGGCCCUGAGGAAAUAGGGGAGGAAUUGGAUUCAUUGUUUUCUGAGCUCCUUCUUUGCUUUUGGAAGGAGACUUAUAACCCCUUCCUGGGCCGUGUCUGUGUCAGGUAGCUGUGAGAUAGGCCCAGUCACGACUGCACAUCCGGAUGGGGUCAGCCUCUAUUCUGGAACGCUGCUUCCUCCCAAGACCCACCAUGAUAGCGGCGUGAGUUGGGGGAAGUCAGUGGGGGCUACAUGGGUAGGGGAGAGGUCCUCUAGGAGAUUUUGGUUUGGAGCAAUGGUUCCAAUGCAGGGCUGGGCCACGAAUGGAGCCGUUAUCCUCCACAGCCCGUCUGAGGAGAAUGGGGUAGUGGCAGCACCCGUGGUAGCCAGACAACUCGCUGGAGGCAAGAACGCACCACAUCCCCUGGAAAGCCUCUAGAUUGUUCCCUGGGAGUGAUGGCAGACCUAGCCCUGUUCCUCAGCUCCAACCAGCGGCCCAGCAAUCCCACCCAGAUGCCCCCGUCCCUUAAGGUCUGGGACUUCAGCCUCUUGAACGGAGGAGCCCAGACUCGGUUGGGGAGCCCACGAACUCGGCUUGAUUCCUUGGCAUUCAGUUGCUCCCCCAGCUUCGGCCCCACGUCUCCCCCCACCCCCUCCAUGGCUCAGGGGGACAGGUGAGGGUCCUGGCUUCCCCUUCAGCCCUGCCCCUCUGCUGAGUUGAAGUGAGGGCACUGCCCAGGUUAUGCCCUGCCUCCCGGGAGGUCCUAAUACAGCCGGGGAGAGUGGCCCUGAAGCCACACCUCCUCGCAGGUUUCACUCUGGGCAAGGCUUCCCCGGUCCCUUCCCUCCAUUCCUCCUCCUCCCCUUUUUCCUCAGGCAGGUCCCUGCCCUAGAGCUAUUUAUUUAUUUAUUACACCCGUCCGGGGGUCAGGGACAACCUGCUUCUGUUUCUCUGCCCUGGGCACAGUUGGCAAGCAGGAGGAGGGAGGGGAAGUGCAUUGUCCAGACAGGAUGGCCUGUAAGCGGUCAGCCGAUGGCCAGCUCGGCCUCAGCAUCCCUCACCUCACCGGGCUGCCUGCCCAGUAGCACAAGGGCUCAAUCGCUCUCUGCUUUACACUGGAAAUGAACUAAAGUCUAGCUGGAAAUGUAUGUAUAUAUGGAGAAAUGACAAUAAAACACCCUAGCAACCAG